AUGGCAAAGACGGGGAGAAAAGAGGCCGGGGCUAAAAAUAACCGGGCGCCAUUUCCUGAUGGGCUUGGUGGGGGCCAUGGGGGGGUGAAGGACGUCCGUGGGGUGAAGGACAUCUGUGGGGUGAAGGGCAUCCGUGGGGUGAAGGACAUCCAUAAGGUGAAGAACAUCUGUGGGGUGAAGGACAUCCAUGAGGUGAAGGACAUCCGUGGGCUGAAGGACAUCUGUGGGGUGAAGGACGUCCAUGGGGUGAAGGACAUCCGUGGGGUGAAGGGCAUCCUUGGGGUGAAGCACAUCCGUGGGGUGAGCGACAUCCAUGGGGUGAAGGACAUCCUUGGGGUGAAGCACAUCCGUGGGGUGAAGGACAUCCACGAGGUGAAGGACAUCCGUGGGGUGAAGCACAUCUGUAGGGUGAAGGACAUCCGUGGGGUGAAGCACAUCUGUGGGGUGAAGGACAUCCGUGGGGUGAAGGGCAUCUGUGGGGUGAAGGACAUCUGUGGGGUGAAGGACGUCCGUGGGGUGAAGGACAUCCAUGGAGUGAAGGACAUCUGUGGGGUGAGCGACAUCCACAGGGUGAAGGACAUCCAUGGGGUCAAGGACAUCCGUGGGGUGAGUGACAUCCGUGGGGUGAAGGGCAUCUGUGGGGUGAAGGACAUCUGUGGGGUGAAGCACGUCCAUGGGGUGAAGGACGUCUGUGGGGUGAGUGACAUCCGUGGGGUGAGCGACAUCCAUGGGGUGAAGGGCAUCCUGCCCCCGCAGGUGGUGACGCUCCCCCGGGAGUCGGUGCGGGCGGUGCCGGGGCAGACUGUCACCUUCACCUGCGUGGCCACCGGCGUCCCCACCCCCAUCAUCACCUGGCGCCUCAACUGGGGCCACACCCCCAGCAGCCACAGGGUGUCGAUCGUGAGCGAGGCCGGGCAGGGCACGCUGACCAUCCGGGACGUGAAAGAAGCCGACCAAGGCGCCUACACCUGCGAGGCUAUCAACACCCUGGGCAUGGUCUUCGGCAUCCCCGACAGCAUCCUCACCGUCACCCGCCCCGGGCCGUGCCCCGAGGGCCACUUCCAGGUGACGGGGACAUCCCGCUGCCUGCCCUGCUUCUGCUUUGGUGUCACCACCGCCUGCCGGGCCACCGCCCGGCACCGGCACCGCCUCCGCCUCCGCUUCGACCGCCCCGACGACUUCAAGGGCGUCAACGUGACGGUGCCGGCGGCCCCCUCCCCGCUGGCGCUCUCGGCCACCCAGCUCCACGUGGACACGGGCGCCGAGGAAUUCCAGCUCCUGGAUCUGUCCCGCCGCUUCCUGGCCCUUGAUGCCUUCUGGGCGCUGCCAGACACCUUCCUUGGGGACAAGGUGGAUGCCUACGGGGGAGCGCUGAGCUAUGGGGUGCGGUACCGGCUGGGGCGGGGACCUCCCGAGCCCACCGCCCACCCCGACGUGGUGCUGCGGGGCCACGGGCGGCAGCUCCGGGCACGUGCUGGGACCAUCCGGCCCGAUGUCCUCAACCGGCGGCAUGUGCCCUUCACCGAGGACCACUGGGAGGACGAGGAGGGUGCCCCGGUGAGCCGGGAGCUGCUGCUGCUGGUGCUGCAGGGGCUGGAGGGCAUCUUCAUCCGGGCGGUCUAUGACGGGCGCAUGGCCAGCGUGGGGCUCAGCGACGUGGCCAUGGACGUCACCAGCCCCGGUGACACUGGCCUGGGGCUGGCAGGGGACGUCGAGGAGUGCAGGUGCCCCGUGGGCUACACGGGGCUGUCGUGCCAGCGAUGUGCCAGCCGCUUCGAGCGGGUGACGAGGGGACCCUACUUGGGGACCUGCUCCGGCUGCGGCUGCCACGGCCACUCCAGCACCUGUGACCCUGUUUUCGGGCACUGCCUGAACUGUCAGCACAACACGGAGGGUCCCCAGUGCGAGAAGUGCAAACCCGGCUUCUUCGGCGAUGCCACCAAGGGCACGGCCACCGCCUGUCACCCUUGUCCCUGUCCCUAUACUGAGCCAGCUCGCAGGUUUUCGGAGUCGUGCUUUUUGGACACGGACGGCCAAGCCACCUGCGAUGCCUGCGCGCCUGGUUAUGCCGGCCGCCGCUGCGAGAGGUGCGCCUCGGGCUACGAGGGAGACCCCAUCCAGCCAGGUGGCAAGUGCACCCCCAUCGGCCAGGAGCUCGUCAAGUGUGACGCCCGCGGGGGCAAGGACGUGGCCGGCGGCACGUGCCGCUGCAAGCCCAACGUGCGGGGACGGCUGUGCGACGCCUGCGCCGCCGGCACCUUCCACCUCAGCGCCGCCAACCCCGAGGGCUGCCUGCAGUGCUUCUGCAUGGGCGUCUCGCGGCACUGCGCCAGCUCCGCGUGGAGCCGCCACCAGGUCCUCCUUACCGCCGAAGAGACGCCGCCACUGAGCCUGUCCAACCUGGCCGGCACACAGACGGUGGGCGACGGCGCCCGCUUCUCCUCCCCGCGGGAGCUGCUCUUCACCGCCUUCCAGGCGCUGCCCCGCGACGUCUACUACUGGGUGCUGCCCGCGCCCUUCGCCGGGGACAAGGUGACAUCAUACGGCGGUGAGCUGCGGUACACGGUGACGCACCGGGCACCCGCGGGCGCCCAACCUUUGCCACGCCAGCCCGAUGUCCUGCUGCAGGGCAACGGCAUCCUCCUGGAGCACUUCUCCGAUGCCAACCCCCCCUCCGGCGUCCCUACCACUGUCACCGUGCCCUUCCGUGAGCGCGCCUGGCGCCGGGCAGAUGGGCGCGAUGCCACCCGCGAGCAUCUCCUGAUGGCUUUGGCCGACGUUGACCUCUUCAUGAUCCGGGCGUCCUACUCGGAUCAACCAGAGGAGAGCAGACUGGCUGAUGUCAGCCUGGACGUGGCGGUGCCACACGCCACCGGCCGCCCGCCGGCGCUGGAAGUGGAGGAUUGUUCCUGCCCAGCCGGUUACCGCGGUGCCUCCUGCCAGGACUGUGACACCGGCUACACCCGCAGCACUGCCGGGCUCUACCUGGGCACCUGCGAGCCGUGCCAGUGCCACGGCCACGCCAGCGAGUGCCACCCCGAGACCGGCGUCUGCCAGGGCUGCCGGGAUCACACGGAGGGCGCCCAAUGUGACAAGUGCCAAGCUGGCUACUACGGCGAUGCCACCCGGGGCACCCCGGGUGACUGCCAGCCCUGUCCCUGCCACGGACCCCACGAUGACACCCAGGUGACCAAGAGCUGCUUCGAGGACAGGGACGGGCAGCCCACCUGCAGCGCCUGCGCCCCGGGACACAGCGGGCGCCUCUGCGAGAGGUGCUCGUCCGGGUACGUGGGGGACCCCCUGCGGGGAGAGCCGUGCCGAGAGCCAGGCGUCCCCAGCGGGCAGUGCCAGUGCGACCCACGCGGCAGCGUCGGCGAGGGCUGCGACGCCGACGGGCAGUGCCGCUGCAAGGCCAACGUGGAGGGUCCCCGCUGUGCCAGCUGCCGUCCCCACCAUUUCCACCUGAGUGCCAGCGAGCCGGCCGGCUGCCUGCCCUGCUUCUGCAUGGGCAUCGUCCAGCACUGCGCCAGCACCGCCUAUGCCCGCGGCACCGUCCGGACACCCUUCGCUCCCGGUAAUCCCCAGGGAUUCGCCUUGGUGAACCGGCAGCGUAGCACCCGGGUGGGCACCGGCUUCGGGGUGGAGCCGGGCACCCCCCAGCCCCGCCUGACCUAUGACCGUUUCGGGGAGCUGCCCCCCGACUCCUACUACUGGCAGCUGCCACCCCCCUACCAGGGGGACAAGGUGGGCUCCUACGGCGGACGCCUCCGCUACACCCUGACCUACACCCCGGGGGGGCAGGGAGCCCCCCUGCCCGACGCCGACAUCCAGAUCACGGGCAACGACAUCACGCUGGUGGCGUACCAGCCCGACCUGCCCCCGCGGACCCCCCAGGCCUUCGAGAUCAUUUUUCGGGAGCAAUACUGGCAGCGGCCGGAUGGGCAACCGGCGACGCGGGAGCAUCUCCUGAUGGCUUUGGCCGACCUGGAUGAGAUCCUUAUCCGUGCCACCUACUCCACCAGCACGGCUGUAUCCAGCAUCGCCGACGUCGUCAUGGAUACGGCCGUGCCCCCCCAACCCGGCCUCCCCCCGGCCCCCGAGGUGGAGGAAUGCCGUUGCCCCCCCGGGUACCACGGGCUAUCCUGCCAGGAUUGUGCCCCCGGUUACACCCGCACCGGGGGGGGGCUGUACCUGGGGCACUGCGAGCUCUGCGAGUGCAACGGGCAUUCGGAGAGCUGCCACCCCGAGAGCGGCCUCUGCUCCGGAUGCUCGCACAACACGGCGGGGGAUUUCUGCGACCAGUGUGCCCCCGGUUUCUACGGGGAUGCCACCGCCGGUACCCCCGAGGACUGCCAGCCCUGCGCCUGUCCCCUCCCGUACCCCGAAAACCAGUUCUCCAGGACCUGCGAGAGUUUGGGAGGCGGUGGGUACCGCUGCACCGCCUGUGAACCGGGCUACGCCGGGCAGUACUGCGAGCGCUGCGCACCCGGCUACGUGGGGGACCCCACGGUGCGCGGGCAGGCGUGCGUCCCGGCCGGCUCCCCGCUCCCGCUGGCCGUCCGCGUCCACCCGCCGCGCACCACGGUGGCGCAGGGCAGCGCGGUCACCCUGCGGUGCCAGGCCAGCGGCGACCCCCCCUUCUAUUACCACUGGGCGCGAGAAGAUGGGCGACCCCUCCCCGAGGGCGCCCAGAGCCGGCGACAAGGCGAGGAGCUGCACUUCGCCAGCAUCCAGCCUUCCGAAGCCGGCGUCUACAUCUGCUCCUGCCGCAACCUACGGCACAGCAACGCCAGCCGCGCCGAGGUCAUCGUCACCGAGACCCCCGGCAAACCCAUCACCGUCACCGUGGAGGAGAAGCGGGUGCAGCGGGUGAAGCCCGGAGCUGACGUCACCUUCGUCUGCACCGCCAAGAGCAAGUCGCCCGCCUACACCCUGGUGUGGACGCGGCAGAACCACGGCACGCUGCCGGCCGGCGCCGUGGACUUCAACGGCAUCCUCACCCUGCGCAGCGUGCGGCCGGAGGACGCCGGCGUCUACGUCUGCACCGGUUCCAACAUGCUGGACAUGGACGAGGGCACCGCCACGCUCUACGUCCAGGCCCCCUCGAAGACUCAGAUGUUUUAUGGACCCGUUGAGUUUAUGGAGGGGCACAGACCGGCCGGCACCGCCGCCGCCCCCACCGCCGCCGUGGAGCCGGCACAGCUGACCGUGGCACCGGGGCAGCCGGCCGAGUUUCGCUGCGUGGUCACCGGCAGCCCCCCGCCCACCCUCGAGUGGCUCGGUGCGCUGCCACCACGGGCGGUGGUCCAGGGCGGGACGCUGCGUUUCGGCGCCGUCGAGCCGGCCGAUGAGGGGCACUACGCGUGCCGGGCGCGCAGCAGCGCCGGGCAGCACACGGCACGGGCCUUCCUCCACGUGCAAGCCGCCGGCGCACCCCGGGUGCAGGUGAGCCCGGAGCGGACGGAGGUGCAGGAGGGCUCUACGGUGCGGCUCUACUGCCGGGUCUCGGGGUCACCCACCGCCACCAUCACCUGGGAGAAGCAGGGGGGCACCUUACCGCCGCAGUCCCGCGCCGAGCAAGCCGACAUUGCCACGCUGGUCAUCCCUGCCGUGACAGCGGCUGACGGCGGCGUCUACCUCUGCGUGGGCACCAGCGCCGCCGGCACAGCCCGUGCCGCCAUCGAGGUGGCGGUGGUGCCAGGGAUGGUGCCGCCCGUCCGCAUCGAGUCCUCGUCCCCAUCCGUCACCGAGGGACAGACCCUGGACCUCGACUGCCUGGUGGCAGGAUCCGGCCCCGCCACCGUGACGUGGUACAAGCGCGGUGGCUCCCUGCCCGCCGGCCACCAGGUUUCGGGAUCCCGGCUCCGUGUCCCCCACGUCACGGCAGCUGAUUCGGGGGAGUACGUGUGCCGGGCGAGCUUGGGGACCACUGUCCGGGAGGCAUCCGUCAUCGUCACCGUCGUGGCCGGAUCUGGCUCUUCCUACGGGCCACCAGCUUCAGGUGUCCCCGUCCGGAUCGAGGCGUCCUCGUCCACCGUGGCCGAGGGACAGAGCCUGGACCUCAACUGCGCGGUAGCCGGCCAGGGACAGGCCACCGUCACCUGGUACAAGCGCGGGGGGUCCCUCCCGGCCAAGCACCAGGUGUCCGGCUCUCGGCUGCGGCUGCUGCAGGUGACAGCGGCCGACUCGGGCGAGUACGUGUGCCGGGUGACCAGUGGGGCCACCACCAAGGAAACUGCUGUCAUGGUGACAAUCCAGCCCAGCGGAGCCAGCGCCUACCCCCCGGGCAACACGACCCCUCUGCGCAUCGAGUCCCCGUCCUCCGCCGUGGCCGAGGGCCAGACCCUGGACCUCAACUGCGUCAUCGCCAGCCCCGCGCAGGCCACCGUCACCUGGUACAAGCGCGGGGGGUCCCUCCCGGCCAAGCACCAGGUGUCCGGCUCCCGGCUGCGGCUGCUGCAGGUGACAGCGGCCGACUCGGGCGAGUACGUGUGCCGGGUGACCAGUGGGGCCACCACCAAGGAAACCUCCAUCAUGGUGACAAUCCAGCCCAGCGGGGCCAGCGCCUACCCCCCGGGCAGCACGACCCCUCUGCGCAUCGAGUCCUCGUCCUUGUCAUCGCCCGUGGCCGAGGGCCAGACCCUGGACCUCAACUGCGUCAUCGCCAGCCCCGCGCAGGCCACCGUCACCUGGUACAAGCGCGGGGGGUCCCUCCCGGCCAAGCACCAGGUGUCCGGCUCCCGGCUGCGGCUGCUGCAGGUGACAGCGGCCGAUUCGGGGGAGUACGUGUGCCGGGUGACCAGUGGGGCCACCACCAAGGAAAUCUCCAUCGUGGUGACAAUCCAGCCCAGCGGGGCCAACGCCUACCCCAUCGGUGUCACCCCCCCGGUGCGCAUCGAGUCCUCGUCCUCCUCCGUGGCUGAGGGACAGACCCUGGACCUCAACUGCAUCGUGGCCGGCCAGGGACAGGCCACCGUCACCUGGUACAAGCGUGGGGGGUCCCUCCCGGCCAAGCACCAGGUGUCCGGCACCCGCCUGCGCAUCCCCCAGGUGACGGCGGCCGAUUCGGGGGAGUACGUGUGCCGGGUGACAUCGGGUGGUGUCACACACGAGACAUCCCUCAUCGUCACCAUCCAGACCGGCGCCGGCUCCUCUUACGCUGUCGGUGUCACACCGCCGGUGAGGAUCGAGACCUCGUCUGCUGCCGUCACUGAGGGACAGACACUUGACCUCAACUGCAUGGUGGCAGGACAGGGUCACCCCCAUGUCACCUGGUACCGGCGCGGGGGGGCUCUGCCCCCCAACAGCCAGGUGUCGGGCACCCGCCUACGCCUUGUCCAGGUGGCAGUGGCUGAUUCGGGGGAGUACGUGUGCCGGGUGACCCUGGGGACUGUCACACAGGAGGCAUCUGUCAUUGUCACCGUGCCCAGCAGCGCUGGCACCUAUUACCCCUCCGGCGUCUCCCAGCCCCUCCGCAUCGAGUCCUCGUCCUCGGCCAUCGCCGAGGGACAGAUCCUGGACCUCAACUGCGUGGUGGCAGGAUCUGGCCCUGCCACCGUGACGUGGUACAAGCGCGGUGGCUCCCUGCCCGCCGGCCACCAGGUGUCGGGCACCCGCCUGCGCAUCCCCCAGGUGACGGCGGCCGAUUCAGGGGAGUACGUGUGCCGGGUGACAUCAAGCGGCGUCACGCAGGAGACGUCCCUUGUCGUCACCAUCGACGAUGGAGCCAACCCAUCCCGCCCCACCAGCGUCACGCCGCCCAUCCGCAUCGAGUCCUCGGCGUCCUCUGUCACCGAGGGACAGACCCUGGACCUCAACUGCUUGGUGGCCGGCCAGGGACAGGCCACCAUCACCUGGUACAAGCGUGGGGGGUCCCUCCCAGCCAAGCACCAGGUUUCGGGGUCCCGCCUGCGGCUGUCACAGCUCUCGGUGGCUGAUUCGGGGGAGUACGUGUGCCGGGCAGACAUGGGCAGCGUCUCCCGUGAGGCCACCAUCACUGUCACUGUCACCUCCCGUGACAGCUCCAGCUACCGUCUGCAGAGCCCCAUCAUCUCCAUCGACCCGCACAGCAUGGCGGUGGCACCGGGCGAAGAUGCCACCUUCAAGUGCCGCGUCCACGACGGCGCCCGGCCCGUCAACAUCACUUGGCGGAUGGGACCUGGCCAACAUCUCCAAGACAACGUGAAGAUCAGCACCAACGGCUCGGUCAUCUCCAUCACCGGCGCCCACGUGGGCAACCAGGGCGCUUACCACUGUGUGGCCUCCAACCGCUUUGGCGUUGCCAGUAGCGUCGUCAACCUCCUGGUGCAAGGUGCCCCCACGGUGUCGGUGAUGCCACCGGGCCCCGUGACGGUGAAGGAGGGCAAAUCCCUCAGCCUGGAGUGUCUUGGCCGGGGUGAACCGCGGCCGCUGGUGCGCUGGAGCCGGCUGGGCUCCCGGCAGAAGGUGGAGCACCAAACGCUGCUGCACAUGGACAGCCAGGCCAUCCUGCAGCUCUCACCGGCCAAGCCGGAGCACGCCGGGACCUACGUCUGCACGGCGCACAGCGCCUUGGGUUCAGCGCAAGCCCGGGUGGACGUCAAUGUGGAGACGGCACAGCGGCACCCCGGUGCCCCCGAGGUCACCGCGCCACCCUCCGUCACUGUGGUGGCCGGGGACACCGCCACACUGCACUGCACGGCCAGAGGUGAGCCGGCGCCCCGGAUCGAGUGGUCGAAGCUGCGGGCGCCGCUGCCCUGGCAGCACCGGGUGGUGAACGGCAGUUUGGUCAUCCCCCGUGCCGCGCAGCAGGACUCGGGCCAGUACAUCUGCAACGCCAGCAGCCCCACCGGCUCCGCCGAGGUCUUCAUCACCCUCGACGUGGAGACGCCACCGUACGCCACCAGCCUGCCGGAGGAGACCGCGGUGCGCGCCGGCGACGCGCUGCAGGUGCAGUGCCUGGCCCAUGGCACCCCGCCGCUGCUCUACGCCUGGGACAAGGUCAACGGCAGCCUCUCGGCACGCGUCAUCCACCGCGCCGGCCUCCUCCGCAUCAGCCCGGCGUUGCCCGCCGACGCCGGCACCUACCGCUGCCUCGUCACCAACCGCGUCGGCACCGCCGAGACCUUCGCCCACGUGGCUGUCCAUGGUGAUGCCGGUGACGGUGGGGACACCGCCGGCGGUCCCUUGACUGUACGGGUGACGCCGGGGAGCCUCGUCAAGGGGGUGGGUGGCACUGCCGAAUUCUCCUGCGUCGUCUCGGGGGACCCGCGGGCGCGUCUGGAGUGGCUGAAGGACGGCGGGGAGCUGCCCCCCACCCACAGCGUGCAGGACGGGGUGCUGCGGUUGCCGGAGCUGGCGUGGGGGGCGCAGGGGGUGUAUGUGUGCCGGGCCAGCGCCCCAGGCGGGCAGGCGGAGGACAGGGCCACCCUCACCAUCCAGGCUCUCCCCAGGGCCCUGAUCAACAUCCGGACGGCGGUGCAGACGGUGCUGGCGGGGACGGCGGUGGAGCUGGAGUGCCUGGGCUUGGGCGAACCCCGUCCCCACGUCACCUGGAGUAAAGUGGGGGGUCGUAUCCGCCCCGGGGUGCUGGUCCGUGCCGGCACCCUCACCAUCGAACGGGUAGAACGGGCGGACGCCGGGCAGUACCGCUGCACCGCCACCAACGCCGUAGGCACCGUCCAGUCCCACGUCAUCCUCCACGUGCAAGCUGCCCCCCAAAUCGCCGGGCAGCCAGAGGUGAAGGAGGUCUCGGUGGGUUCAGCGGCUGUUUUGCCCUGCUUGGCAUCCGGCUUCCCGGUGCCGGAGAUCACCUGGAGCAAGCUGGAGGGGGAGCUGCCAGCGGGCGCCCGGGCGGAGGGGAACGUCCUGACGCUGCCGGCCGUGCGCCACGAGGACGCCGGCGUCUACGCCUGCGCCGCCGCCAACCGCCGCGGCCAGGAGACGGCUUACUAUGUCCUCAAGGUCCGAGAGCGCCUGGUCCCCUAUUUCGGGCAGACGCCCCGCUCCUUCCUCCCCCUGCCCACCAUCAAGGAUGCCUACAAGAGGUUCGAGAUCCUCAUCACCUUCCGACCUGAUGCUGCUGACGGGCUUCUCCUCUACAACGGGCAGCGGAAAACCAGCGGCGCCGACUUCAUCUCCUUCGGUUUGGUGGGCGGCCGCCCCGAAUUUAGGUUUGACGCCGGUUCGGGCAUGGCCACCAUCCGGCACCCAACACCGCUGCGGUUGGGCGAGUACCACACCAUCCGUCUCCUCCGCAACCUCACCCGGGGUUCACUGGCGCUGGAUGGGCACCCCCCGGUUAACGGGACCUCCCAGGGGAAGUUUCAAGGGCUGGAUCUGAACGAGGAGCUGUACCUGGGGGGGUACCCCGAUUUCGGCGCCGUGGCAAAGACGGGGCUCAGCCGCGGUUUCGUGGGCUGCGUGCGCCAGCUCCGCAUCCAAGGGGAGGAGGUGGCCUUUGGGGACAUGGACCUGCAGGCACACGGUGUCACCAGUUGUCCCACCUGCCAGGACCGGCCGUGCCAGAACGGUGGCGUGUGCCAGGACGCUGAGAGUGGCACCUACGUCUGCCGCUGUCCCCACGGCUUCACCGGCAGCAACUGCGAGUACUCGCAGGCUUUGCACUGUCACCCGGAGGCGUGCGGACCUGAUGCCACCUGCGUCAACCGGCCGGACGGGCAGGGCUAUACCUGCCGCUGCCACCUGGGCAAGGCUGGGGAGAGGUGCACCGAGGGUGAGGUGGUGAGCGUGCCAUCCUUCGGCGAGGCGGGCGCCUUCGUUUCCUACCCGCCCCUCACCAACGUCCACCACGAGCUGCGGGUGGAGGCCAAGUUCCUGCCGCUGGCACCCGAUGGGCUCCUGCUCUUCAGCGCCGGCAAAGCCGCCCCCGUCGAGGACUUCGUCGCCUUGGCCAUGGCCGGCGGCCACCUCGAGUUCCGCUACGAGCUGGGCUCAGGCCCGGCGGUGCUGCGGAGCGCCGAGCCGGUGACGCUGGGACACUGGCACCGGGUGACGGCCGAGCGGGUGCACAAGGACGGGACGUUGACGGUGGAUGACGCCGCCCCGGUGAAACGCUCCUCGCCCGGCAAGAGCCAAGGUCUCAACCUACGCACCCCGCUUUACUUGGGGGGCACCGAACCCCCCCUGCGCCCCCCAACCAACGCCUCCUUCCGGGGCUGCAUCGGAGAGGUCUCCAUCAACGGGAAGAAGGUGGAUUUGUCCUACAGCUUCCUGCGGAGCCGCGGCGUGGGGCAAUGCGGGCAGAGCUCGCCCUGCCUGCCCAUGUCCCCAGGGCCACGCUGCGAGCGGGAGGAGGACCGCUGCCUGCACCGCAACCCCUGCCUGCACGGCGGCACCAGCAAGGGCAACGCCUGCCUCUGCCCGCAGGGCUACACCGGCCCCUACUGCCAGCACAACUUGGCGCUGGCAGAGCUGGAGCAGGACUGGCAGGAAGGCAGCGGGGGCGGCGACGCCCCUGGACAGUUCAGCGCCGCUUUCCGGGACGGCUCCUACCUGGCACUGCCCGGGCACCUCUUCCCCCGUGGCCCACCCGAGGCGCCCGAGACCAUCGAGCUGGAGCUGCGGACGGGCAGCGCCGACGGGCUGCUGCUGUGGCACGGGGCGAGCCCAGCGAGGGGUGGCAAAGCCAAAGACUUCGUUGGCCUUGGCUUGAAGGACGGGCACCUGGUGUUCAGCUACCAGCUGGGCAGCGGCGAGGCCACCAUCGUCUCCGAAGACCCCAUCAAUGACGGCGAGUGGCACCGGGUGAUGGUGACAAGGGAGGGCCGGCGCGGGUGGCUGCAGGUGGACGGGGAGGAGCCGGUGAGCGGAGAGUCGCCAGGAGCCAACAUCAUGGCCAACACCCAGGGCAGCGUCUACGUGGGCGGCGCCCCGGACCCCCGCAGCCUGACAGCCGGCAAGUUCACCUCCGGCGUCACCGGGUGCCUGCGGGGGCUGGCGCUGGCGCCUGCCGGGGCCCCCCGGCACCCCAUCGACCUGCGGCACGGUGCGGUGGGGGGGUCCCCCGCCCCCCCCUGCCCCUCCUAACCCCCCCCCCCAAAAUAUAUUUUGGGGGGAAUUUGGCCAAUUUUAUUCUUUUCCAAAAAAAAAGCCAGGAGGAAACGGUGCUUCGCUGCCCCGGGGAGACUCCGGGGGGAGGGGGCCGGGACCCCCAAAAAUGUUUACACCCCCCCACACCGGCCCCCCGAAACUGUGCUGGGGCGGCCGGGCCGCCGGGUGCC